AUGGCUGAUAAAUCCAAAUUUACUGAAUACAUUGACAAAGCUUUAGAAAAAUCAAAAGAAACUGCACUUUCUCAUUUAUUUUUCACCUAUCAGGGGAUUGCUUACCCCAUCACCAUGUGCACCUCAGAAACUUUCCAAGCGCUGGACACCUUCGAAGCCAGACAUGAUGACAUCGUGCUAGCAUCUUAUCCAAAGUGCGGUUCAAACUGGAUUCUCCACAUUGUCAAAUUAAUAUAUGCUGUUUCUAAAAAAAAGUAUAAAUAUCCAGAAUUCCCAGUUCUUGAAUGUGGGGAUUCAGAAAAAUAUCAGAGAAUGAAAGGCUUUCCAUCACCAAGGAUUUUGGCAACUCACCUCCACUAUGACAAAUUACCUGGGUCUAUCUUCAAGAAUAAAGCCAAGAUAUUGGUGAUAUUUCGAAACCCUACAGAUACGGCAGUAUCUUUUUUCCAUUUCCACAACGAUGUCCCCGAUAUUCCAAGCUAUGGCUCUUGGGAUGAAUUGUUCAGACAGUUCAUGAAAGGACAAGUUUCUUGGGGAAGCUAUUUUGAUUUUGCAAUCAAUUGGAACAAACAUCUUGAUGGCGACAAUGUUAAGUUCAUAUUAUAUGAAGACCUGAAAGAGAAUCUGGCUGCUGGAAUAAAACAGAUUCCCGAGUUCUUGGGAUUCUUUCUAACUGGGGAGCAAAUUCAAACUAUCUCAGUCCAGAGCACCUUCCAAGCAAUGCGUGCGAAGUCUCAGGACACACACGGUGCUGUCGGCCCCUUCCUUUUCCGCAAAGGUGAAGUUGGUGAUUGGAAAAAUUUGUUCAGUGAAAUUCAGAACCAGGAAAUGGAUGAAAAAUUCAAAGAGUGCUUAGCAGGCACCUCCCUCGGAGCAAAGUUGAAGUAUGAAUCAUAUUGCCAGGGUUGA